AUGAAUGUUAUGUUUUUAUUUACACGAAAGACUGCGGAAGGAAAAUUCGCCGAGAUAUCACAGGGAAACGAAGAUGGAUUUGAGUUAAAUAGAAUUAUAGACAAAUCGGAAAAUAACGGUUCUUUCGAUUAUACAUUACAUUUACAAUCAAACCUAUGCUGGGAGCUUCUGAACAAAUUGCAUGAGUUGGAUUAUGGACGUUUCAUGACAAUUGAUGGAAUAGUGAGAGCAAAGAAUAAAGCUUAUGAAAUGAAGGAUUGUGAAUUGAAAGACAUUAGUAAUGAGUUUGCAAAAGAGAAAUUUGAAAUUAAAACAGAAAGAGACGAGAUGAUGCAAAAAAAUUUAUUUUUCAGUGCCAGUGGGAAUGUAAAAGAUUUUGUAGAGUUGGGAAUAUCGAGUGAAAAGUUAAAAAAUAAACAAGUCAAAUUUGAAACAAAUUAUUCCUAUCAUUAUAUAAAAUUUGGAAAAGUGUCUUUGGAAUUUAGCAAGUAUUUAAAACCAACAACAGAAUUUAUUGAAGCGGUCGAAUUAGCCAUAGAAUCUAAAGAUCCUAAAGAAAGUUUUAAACGAAUUAUAGCGGAUUAUGGUCAAUUCGUUCCAACUAAAGUCAUUUUGGGCGGAAGAGCUUAUUUCAAAGAAUUAUCGGCUAUGAUAGAAAGCUCACAAGAACGUGCUAAUGAAAAUGUAGUAAAUGCAGAAAUUAAAAUGAUAAAAGGUAAAGCAAGAGAAGGUUUAAAAAGUUUAGAUAAAAGAUCUACAUCGCUUCACCAUGAAUGUUCCAAAUUAAUCGGAGGAGAUCAACCUGAUCGUUUUGAAAAUUUUGAAGAGAAAGACUGGACCAAAUCACUAAAGCAUCAUAGCAAAUGGAAAUGCAUAGAGUAUCAAUACCCAAUUGGUAUUUUUCAAAUUUUAUCUUCCACAUUACGUAAACGAAUAAUUUCAUCUUUAGGAAAAAGGAUUCUUUAUUCGAAAAUUGAAAACAUCGAAUAUCAGCUGAGGGAAGAUCCAGAAGUCAUUGAUUUAAGUAUACCGAAAAAUAUUUCAGAAAUGUUUCGAAACAAGGAUGCAGAUUGUAACAUGUUUGCAACAGUUGUUGAUUCGACACAGUCAAGUGGUUUUUUUACCUGUCAAAUACUUUGUUCAUCAAAUGCUGUUCCUAGACUUGUAAUUCAUUGUACUCAAAGAAGGUUUAAAACGCGUCAAUGCAAAUUAAAAAUUAGAUGGAUGAAUAGCUUUAACGUUAAUACGGCAACACAGUUUCAUAAAGAAUCAUUAGAUAUUGAGUGUGACACAACGGAGGAAAAUUUUUUCGUUGGAAUUCCUACAUUAAGUACACUAGAAUCUUCAAAUAAGCAUCUCAUCAUAGGACACCAUUUUGUAAAUACUCAAGGGAAUAAAACCAAUGCAUGUGUAUAUUCUUAUUGCUCAAAGAAAAAUAGUUAUGACAAGUUGCCUAGCUUUACUUUUUAUACACUUGUAAUUCCAAAUUAUAAUAACCCAAAUACUUACGGUACACUAAAAUUUAAAAAAUCCCGCUACCGCAAAAAACUACAUAUUGAACUUUGCAAAGAUUCUACCAAUCCUUCAAAACCAAAAUAUGUUAGCUUAUAUUCCACAGACGAGAGGAAUGUAACGAAACACCCGUACAAAAACUUGCCCGAAAAAGCAGUAAAGAAAUGGCGUUGCUGGACAAACACUAAUGCGAUUAUAGCUCAUUUUACAGCAAACGAACAAACAAUGAUCUUGGAUAGUGUGAAAAAAUCCCCAAAGGGUUAUCAUCAGAAUGGUAUACCGGACUCACAAAAAGCAGCCAACGAGAAUAAUAACACCAGGAGAUAUCAAGCAAUAUGCGCCGAAUUAGGAGACGUCAAUGGAGGCAAUGGAUCAGGUGAUGUUGGAACGAUUUAUAUGUUCAUUAGAUAUAUUGAUACCCAUGACAUUCGUGUUUUUGCAAGAAAGCCAUGUGUAUGCUUUAUGCGGUAUAAAGAAGUUUUUUCAGUAAAUUUCAAUAAGCCUUUAUAUGACAAAGUUCGGGCACCUGAGCAAGGUUCACCUUGGGUAAAAACACAUAAUAUUUCGGUACUCAUCAUUCAAAUAUCUAAAGAAUCAACUAAUGAAAAUAAAGAUAAAGUAUGA